AUGUUACCGCGGCAUCUCUGCGCAUUACUGCUUGGUUUUCUCGUAGACCACGUUCGGGUGGCACAGUCCCAGUCGUUCCUUGACAACAAUAUCCUCACACACGACCAGGUACAGAAUGUGUUAGAACACAAACCAGCGAAUGAGCCCUCUUGUCAGCAAUUUCCCACAGGCCCUAUAGACACUACUCUCUGCGAUUACGAGACCAUCGAGAGCGUCAAUGACGAGUUGUACACCCAGCUCCAUGAGUUGGUCGAGACACCUUUCUUCAAGUACUUCCGCGCUGACCUGUAUCGCGAAUGUCCGUUCUGGCAAGAGAAUGGUCUCUGCGUUAACAGAGAAUGUGGAAUAACCACCGUAGAUGAGAGUGAGAUACCGGAACGAUGGCGCGCUGCUGCCCUGAGCAAGCUAGAGGUACCUCCCGAUGUUGAGCCGAAAUAUCUACCAGGCUGCUACUAUCGUGAUUCUGACUACUGCUUCCUCGAUGACGUGACAGAGGGCGACUACAUUGACCUCACCCUCAACCCGGAGCGCUUCACAGGCUAUGUUGGCCCAUCCGCUCACCGCGUCUGGUCCUCAAUAUAUCAAGAAAACUGCUUCGGUAUUUCAUCGAGUUCGUCGGCGGACGGCGACGCGCUGAAAGUGGAUGAUGCGGAGAGUCCGAAGGAGUGCUUGGAGCAACGGGUGUACUACAAGAUCAUCUCUGGCCUGCACGCGAGUAUUACGACGCAUAUAUGCCGUGAUACUCUUAACCAGACCACGGGAGAAUGGGGACCAGAUUUGCAGUGCUUCAUAGACCGCGUUGCAAUCCACCCCGAGCGGCUCCAAUACAUCUACUUCGAUGCUGUUCUGCUUCUUCGCGCAGUAGCCAGGCUUGGGCCGUAUCUCUCUGCCUACGACUACUGCGCUACUGAGACACGCGAAGACGACAUGGACACUCUUGAACGCCUGAACAAGGUCAUCACCAUUGCGCAAGCUGUGGGCAAAUUUGACGAGACCGCAUUGUUCCGAGGCGAGAACGCGAACACAUUGAAGGAGGAGUUCAAGGAUCACUUCAGGAAUGUCACGCGCAUCAUGGACUGUGUGGGUUGCGAUAAGUGCCGACUCUGGGGCAAGGUGCAAACGACUGGACUUGCGACCGCGCUCAAAGUCCUCUUCGAGCUUGACGAAAAGGCGUUGGACCCGCAAACGAAUACAAAUCUCUUGCAACGUUCCGAGGUUGUCGCUCUCAUUAAUACCUUGCAUCGCUUUGCGGAGAGCCUUGCCUCUGUGCAUGACUUCCGGCAGAUGUGGGCAGAAACCCACCAUGAGACUCAGCCCGAAGUGAUCACCGCCUCUCGGGGUGCUGCGAAGCCCCACCGCUCUCCUGCCGCAGGCGCUGACGCUUUGCAAGAUGCGCAGUACUUCCUCGAGGAGCUGCUUGGCCGUGUUGCGUGUUGGGUACGCGCGUGCAAAAAGGGGACCGUCGGUUGUGUUCAGGGACUUCUGGACGGUGCGCGCAGCGUUCUGGAGACGCUAGAAAGCAUGUUCCAGGUUUCGGGGAAGGACCAGGUGCCCAGGAGCGACUUAUAG